CCCGUCCUCACGUCGACAAACAGUCAAGAUGGUUCGGUACGCUGCGACUGAGAUCUCACCGGCGAAGUCGGCUCGCUCCCGCGGGUCGUACCUCCGGGUGUCGUUCAAGAACACCCGCGAGACGGCCCAGGCCAUCAACGGCUGGAAGCUCCAGCGCGCCCAGAAGUUCCUCGAGAACGUCAUCGAGAAGAAGGAGGCCGUUCCCAUGAGACGCUACGCUGGCUCUACCGGCCGGACCGCCCAAGGCAAGCAGUGGGGUGUCUCGCGCGCUCGCUGGCCCGUCAAGUCCGCCCAAUUCCUGCUCGGUCUCCUCAAGAACGCCGAGGCCAACGCCGAUGCCAAGGGUCUCGACACUGGCAACCUGAUUGUGAAGCACAUCCAGGUCAACCACGCCCCCAAGCAGCGCCGCCGGACAUACCGCGCCCACGGUCGCAUCAACCCCUACAUGUCCAACCCGUGCCACAUCGAGCUCAUCCUCACCGAGGCCGAUGAGGCCGUUCAGAAGUCGGAGGCUGUCGUCCGCGACGAGUCGCACCUUAGCUCCAGGCAGCGCGGUGUCCGCAUUCGCCGGGCCAUCACGGCUGCUUAAGUCGAGGGACUGGUAGUUGCGUUGGGGACAGGGGGUUCUUUUUGCCUGGGCUUGGCUUUCUUCCGGAACGGUGUACGCGAGCAUGGCAUUUUUUCGGGUCAAGGCUACGAUUCCACAAAAUGAGGAGUCGGUCACGAACGAUACUCAAUACAGAAGGAUUGAGGACCGUUGAGGGUGCACGCGGAGCCGGAUGGGAUACAGGGGCGCUUAACCGAAUACCAUUGCAUUGACUUGAAUGCCGCCGCGACGAAACGCUCCGAGAAUAGAGGAGAAGGCAUGCCGUUCUGGCCAAUUCAGGCUC